CUUCCGGUUAGCGAAGACGUCAUAUGUUUUGGGUUGAUAGCUAACGUUAGCUCAGGAGCUAAAACCCCUCUAAAGCUUUAACAUAAACGCCUCGGAAGGAGCCUUCGAUGGGAGUGGACCAGACCGAGCCGGAGGUACCGGAGGACGCGGUGGGCAGGCGGGUGUCCUGCGACGGGGAGCGGGCCACGGUGCGGUAUGUGGGCGCGGUGCCACCGACAACAGGGCUGUGGCUCGGUGUCGAGUGGGAUAACCCAGAGAGAGGCAAACACGACGGCAGCCAUGAGGGAGUCCAGUACUUCACAUGCAGACACCCUAAAGGAGGCUCCUUCGUCCGUCCAGCGAAGGUGAGCUUCGGCGUGGACUACCUGACCGCUGUGCAACAGCUGUACGAGAUCGACUCAGAGGAGGUGCUGAGCGAGGACAUCUCCAUCUCCUCCUCCAAGAAGCUCAAGUGGGGGAGGAUCAAGGAGCGCAGUUUUGAGAGUCUUCCGUCAGUGUUGCUGACUCGCUGUGAGGUCAACGGGCCGGGGCCCGACGGAGAGAUCAGGAAAACAACGCCAAAUGUGCGGUGGUUGGACCUGUGUGGGACUCUGCUGUCCUGCUGGGAGGACGUGGCUGCUGUCACUCAGCAGCUGGACAAACUGGAGGGACUACAGCUCAGCUCCAACAGACUGCGUUUGCCCUCUGACCCGUCGGCGCUCUGCCAGGCGUUCUGCGGCCUCAAAGUCCUCGCCCUCAACAGCUGCGACCUCACCUGGCCGCAGAUCCUGGAGUGCGCCCCCAUGUGGCCACAGCUGGAGGAUCUGUGUGUCGAGGAGAACAACAUCACGGAGCUGCAGAGGCCUGAGGGAACUCUGCAGUCACUCAAGAGUCUCAAUCUGUCCUGUAACCCCUUGAUGCAGCACAGUGUGCUCACUAUGGCUGCUCUGCCCAGAUUGGAGCAGCUGAACUUGUCUAGGACCGGACUGUCUGACAUUCGAUUUGAUGAUGCUGCUCCUGGGUCUCAGACAGCCAUGUUUCCGGCACUGAAGGAUCUCAAGCUGGACCACAACAACAUCACUGAGUGGUGGGUGGUGGACGAGCUGGCGAAGCUCCCCAGUUUGGUCAACUUAUCGUGUCGCGGUAACCGACUGGUGAGCAGCGAUGGAAACCCCAGAACAGCCAAUCAGCUGCUCAUCGCCAAACUGGGACAACUGGUCGUCCUCAACAGCCAUGAGAUCCAGCCCGAGGACAGGAGGGGGGCGGAGCUGGACUACAUCAAGAUGUUUGGAGAGGAGUGGCUGAAGGCAGGGGGGCGGAGUCAGCUCAGCACCCAGUUCACCUGUCAGCACCCUCGUUACCUGAGCCUCAUCGACAAGUACGGAGCUCCAGAGGAAGGCGAGCUGAAGAAGCCGGAGCCGUUUGCCCUGAAAAAUCAGCUUUUAAAGAUUAGGUUUGUGUUUCCUGACGACGCAGACCGGGAGCCGAUUGAGAAGAAACUUCCAGCCUCCAUGGUCGUCCAGAAGGUGAAGGGACUCCUGUACAGACUGCUGAAGGUUCCUGCAGCUGAUCUGAAGCUCACCUACACCAGUCCCAAGAUGGUGGGGACAGAGUUUGAGAUCGACAGCGACCUGAAGACUCUCCAGUUUUACUCCAUAGAGGACGGAGACCAGGUGUUGGUCCGCUGGUCCUGACCCUGAACCUUGGAGACAGAGCAGAAGCUUCCAGAACUGAACUGAACCUCUGUGUCAGACUGUUGACACACAGAGUCAUACUGAGAGGUGGAUUAACUUCAUAAUGACGCUCACACUGGAGAUGUUGUUUGACAGGAAGUGAACCGCACACACACACGGAGCAAAUCACCGCUCAGAGUAACGCACGGCAAUCUGUCCUCGUGGACUUCCUUCAGGAGGGAAACCUGCAGGUGCACUUAUAAACAAACAUUUAAUAAAUAAAUGACACUUUUUAUUUGUGAAUGAUUUCUCUUAGCGUCAGUUUGAAAGUCUUCAGUCAGACUGAACAGUUUGAGUUGGAGGAUUCAGGUGGAAACACUUCAACCAUUAAUGUGUAAUAAACUAUAAUAUUAUCAUUUA